UGAAAAGUGAAACUUAAUUUGCCUCCAUCAGUUCACACUCUGCAACCCAGCAAGAACACGGCGCUCCCCACGCUGCUUUUGUUCCCCCCGCAAUUCAGCUUUAAAAAGGCAUGGCAUACGUACCCCAGACUCACCAGGUGGUGACGGUCACCCAGCAGGGUCCGGGCAGAUGGAGCACCGACCUCUGCGACUGCUGCGCCGAGAUGGGCACCUGUUGCUGUGGGUUGUGGUGUUUCCCCUGCAUGCAGUGUGAGACUGCCAGUAAGUACGGCUGGUGCUGCCUGAUGCCCUGUCUGGACUUCUGUGGCAUUGUGUCCUGCAUACUCCGCUCCAACAUCAGAGAGCGUCACAACAUUCCUGGGUCAGGCUGCGAUGACUGUUGCAAGGUGAUGUGGUGCUACCCCUGCGUUUGGUGCCAGAUGAAUCGAGAGCUGAAGAUCCGCGCCCGCAAUCCAUCAAGCGCCACCGUGGUCACCACUCAGGUCGGCAGGAUGUAGCCUGCAGACAUGGAGGUGGCUCCACCGCCAUACAUUUUCCAUACAUACAUGUGAUAGGUAUUUUUCCUUUCGAACCUAUAUAAAACAAAGAACCACAGACAACGUAUUAUGAAUUUUAUAGCCAAGCUUUUGCAAAAGGAGAAAACACAGAGAACUGCUCCUCUGACCAGUUCACCAUGUGUUCUGAAACUCUGCAGUAGAGCUUGUCUUUUUAUUAACACAAAACAAAAGCAAAGGGGGCUGGUGCUGAUAAGAUUAGGAGCCCCCGAAACGAACACAAUCAAACACAGUUUUACGACUAAGGAAUUUCUACCUAGGGGACAGUCAGGAAAAACAACAAAGGUCGUAAAACUUCUGAUACAAUCAACUAGCAACCCAGUUCCUAGGUGUGAUAACUAAUCAAAGGUCUGAGAAACACAUUGUUAACUGUUUCACAUGAAGAUAAACAGACAGUAGUGACUUCCAGGUCAUUUAAAGAAGAGAACUUUUUAAACAGAAAAUCACUUUAAACAGAAGAUCACUUUAAACAGAAAAUCACUAAGAUCUAUAGACUUAAGGUGAACCAGAGUAAGAAUGAAAUGAUAAUACCAAAAAAUCUCUAACAACAUGGUUCAUACGUUUCAUAUUUUGUCGUUUCACCAUCGUUCAGCGUUAUUGAUUGGAGUUUAAUUUGAUGAAAGAGAAGCAUUGCUGUUAAGCUGUGUGAAUGCAUCUGUAACAAGUCAACGUUACUCUGUUUUGUUACCCUUCCUAAGAUCUUCUAGGUUUGAGUGAAUAGGUGUCACAUUAACAAGUGUGAUAUUUUUCUGCUCUUUGUUCCUUAAUAAAAUUGUUCCUUCAAGUCUUAA